UUUGGAAGAUGUGUAAGGGCUUUUUUUUUUGGUACUUCGGAAGAUGUGUAUGGGUGUUCUAGUGCUUAUAUAUAUCGCAACUAUUUCGACUUGUACUGUCAUCUUCGUAAUCUCUUAUUUUGUUAAAAGUUGUAUUUUUUCCUUUCAUCACCAUCAGAGCUACUCUUGCAUUUUGAGUUCUAUGUCUACCUUUCAUAGUUCUUUUGGAACUUUUGUAAUGCAUUGAUAAAUCUCUUGAGUAUUGAAGUCAAGAUCCUUGGUCAACUUAUGUGCAUUCUAGUUCACUAGUGAUUUUUAAGGAUCAUGAGUCCAUGACAUUCACCUGUUCCUAACUGCGUUAUCAAAAUUUAAGAAGUAUGACAUUUUCCUGUUCGUAAACUGCUUUGUUGAAAUAAAUCCUAAUUACGUUGAAGUUCUUAUCAUGUUGAACACCACUUGACAAUUGCUGACAGAGUUGAAAGAACGUGAACAUUCAACUUCAUCAAGAAAGGUCAAUAGACCUACCAACCUCGGGCCUUAGACACGGUUUCUUUAGUUAGUUGUGCUGAAGUGACCAAAAAUCAAACUUAAGUAAGUUUAAAUUCCAUUUUUUAGAAGGGGAAUGGCUGUGCAGUGGGUUCUGGAUCCAUAAGAGCUAAGAACUAGAUCAUCUAUAGCUCUAAGUCUCUAAUUGAAGUACUUGCAGAUAUCAUCUUAAUUUGAAUUGACACCUCCCUUGUCAUAAGUUGCUUUGGCAGUUUGACAUUACUUAAGGAGUUCUACGUAUCUAUUAUGUUGUCUUAUUACUAGUUGGGACCACAUUAUCCUUUUCUUUUUUUUUUUAAUCGGGACCUCAUUUUCCUGGAUCAACCAUGAAGUGCAAAGGUUUUCUUGGUAUCAUCCUAGUAGCUUCCUGUCUAAUUUCGAUAUGUGAUAUCUUAGAGGCCUAUAACUUUCUCCAUUUGCAGAGAUAAAUGAAUUAACGUUUUUCCUGUUAUGAUCACUUCUUGAAAUAGAAAAUUUACUUUCCAAUGACUAGUAUAUUUUUGCGUGCAAUGUUUUCAUUCUUAUUGUGUGCUUGUUUCUUGUAUGAUAAUUAAUUGGGAUUCUUCGUUGUUAACACACUCUCCUUGAACUGAUACCUUGUCACAAAAACAGCUAUGCCGCCAAAUGAUUUUAGGAAGAAGAGUGCUUGUGGAAAUGCUCCUGAAUUUGGAGCUAUCUUCAUGUCAAACCGGAGUACAAUAAAAGAGUGUUUUGAGAGAAAACUAUUUGGUCUUCCACAUGCUUUUGCUGAGUUUGUGAAAGAAGUCAAAGCUGGAAUGAUUUUAUUUCUUUUUGAGUAUCAGCAGAAAAAACUUUAUGGUGUUUUUGGGGCUGUGUCUGAUGGAAGAAUGGAUAUUGUACCCCAUGCGUAUCAUUCAACCGGGAAAAAGUUCCGUGCACAGGUUUUGCCUGUCCAGGUUUCUUUUACUGUUAUUUGGAAUUGUUGUCCACUUUCUGAACCUGAUUUUUGUGACGCGAUUAGAGAGAAUUACUUUACAGAGCAGAAGUUCAACAUUGGUCUGUCUAAAUAUCAGGUUUUAUCUUAAUCACAUCUCUUUAAUUAGAAUCUAAGCAUAUUAGUUUGGUAAAGGUUCAUGCCCUUGUUCUGGGGAAAUGACGGCCAAGGAUGUGUUUUGAUAAAUAAUACCUGCCAAAGACAUUUCAGCAUUAACAAUUGUUCUCAGCAUGUCCUUGGCGGGUAUUAAUUAUCAAAACAUGUCCUGGGCCGUCAUUUUCCCCGUUCUUUACAUGUUGAAAGGCUACUCUUCUUAUUUCACUCUACAACGGUUAUAUUCAGAAAUCUUUGAGCAAAAAGCAAGUCAAGAAAAAGGCACUCUAAUGCUACGGUUAAAGUAUAUACCUCCCUAGAUUCUACAGAGGAUUCCGUGGUUGAAAGUCAGGCUACUAAAUUAGUGGAUGUUCCCCAGACACUGAAUGAAAGGACUUCUCAUUUUAAGCCCACUGGAACCAGCAACCUUUUUACCUCUUUGCAUGAAAAUAUCACUCCCUCUAGUGAUGCAAUAGCAAGCUCAUGUUUUUCUGAAUGUCAACCAGUCCCAUUGGAAAGAGAAUCAGAGUGCAUAGGUGUCUCUUCUUAUACAACUUCAUCAGGCCUUGGCGAUUACAUACCUUUGUCUUCCCCUGAACAGUUCGAACCAACAGAGAUUGCGCAAGCUUUCUCAGAGGCUACCUGUGAUGGUCAUAAAGAUUUGUCCUUGGCUGAAGCAUGUAUAUUUCCAAUGUCUUUUGGAGUGAGGGAUUCAACUCAGCCAUCCUCUGUACACAAGGCAGAUGGAGGUCAAUGUGAUGAAAGCUCUCCAGCUCAUCAAAGUAACAGCUAUCCAAGGGUCAAGGGCCUAUAUUCUGAUAUUCCAGACAAAAAAGGUAGUGCGUUUAAAUUUUGAGUCUAAAGCUUCUUUGGAAAAGAAUGAAGACAACUCGGAAGUGACUGAAUCAAUUCAUGAAAUUAUGAAAAAGUUGCAAAAGUCUCACAAAAAUUGGGAAAAAGCAAAUCGGAAAACUAAAAGUGUCGAUGUCAAGAACUGGAAUACUUGGAGGCAUGAAACUGGGGCCAAAGUCCAUGAAGAUGGUGAGGUGUGUGGUUGUUCUUCUGAAAAUAGGCAGAAGAAGAGAAGAUUGGUUAGUCUUGUUCUUAGACACGAGUUAGACGUCGACGAUAAAAUACGCCAUAGGUGGUGUCCGGAAGUUUAGAUGCAACCUCAGGAAAGUUCUGCUGGCAAAGAGAAAGGUGGAAGUUGGGAAGGUUCAACCAGAAGUGAUAAAAGUGGUGAUAAUGAGAUUGGGUUUCCUCCAAAGGACAUAGUAUUAUCUGUCAUACCCGACCACCAGUGAUGGGAAAGGUGAAGAGCAAGGAAGGGGCUUGACCAACAUGGAUUUGAUGCCGGGAAAGGAAGAUGGUUCCAUAGCCAACUGUUUUAACGAGGUGGACACGAAACCUUUGAAGACAUACCAACGUCGUCGUCGGGUUGCGAUACUGAGCUGGUUUCUCUUGUCAAUAUUGAAACUGGCAAUGUUAUGUGCUGAAGAACUGGUUAUUGCCAAAGUGUGCUGAAAUCUCUACGUAUUGAGGAAGUGUUUUUUGAAGGAAAUUGGGGAAGGGAAGCAUCUUUAUUAUUCUAGUUUAGGCAUGAGUGUAAACGAAAGAAGUUUGUAGGGACAAAUAAGUUCCAAUAGGAAUUAGAAUGAAAAUAGAAUUCCACAAGUAGUUAUAGGGUAGGAACAUAAUAGGAUCCUUGCAGCUUGUGAUGAUACAUCUGAAGUACAGUAAUUGGUUGGUACAACGCACUUUGGGCGACAUCCUUCUCGUUACACUAUUCUGGUUGAUUGAACAAGAUUUCGUGUCCCCUGACUUUGUUCGUUUGGUAAAUAUAUUUGCUCGGUGUUUGCAAAUUCUGUCCAUGCAUGUAAAUCAGUUGGCACUGAAUCAAAUGUGAUCUUCUGCUGAAAUUCUUAGACUGGUUGAAUAGAUAUGCAUUACUCCCAUAACUAAUAUCACUCCGGUUUCAAUACGGCCUCACACUGCUAAACAUUGGAUGG